AAAAGUCACGGGGGAACUUGCACUCUUUUCGGGGCUCCUGUAUGUGUGGGGGUUUUAGUUUAGGAAAACAGAGGGGCAGCAGUCGCCGUUGGAGCUGUAACACCGUUUCCCGUUCCAAUUAUAGUUUUAUUAGUUAUCCAGUAAGGCAGACCCAGGACUCUUGGUUGCAUUAGUGGCAGCGGUGUUCUUCAAAGGCAGCCAUGGAGCCGUUACCUCGCACUGCUUUUAGCUUAGCUGCCUCAGUUUAGCUGGCUAGCUUACCUCCGCCGGGUGCUCCAACACUGCAUAACUACCUUACGAAGAUGUGGCGCGGAGACGAGGACCCUUUUAAACCAGGCACGGAGAUGUUUUAAAGACGCUUCUCCGGCAUGGACUCAGGUUGACAUGCCCUCUUCCUUCACUGACGACGGGAGCCAAAGUUUCCUCAGUUGGGGGCGGCGGAGACUGCAGUACUAAUGCCGCUGGUUUGACGCAGCUUCGCAGAAGUCACCGCACCGCCCCUGCCGCUCCAGCUGUUCCCACCGCUGUCCGCCUGCUGUCUACCCGCUGCUCGCUGCUGCUGCUGCCUGCUGCCCUCAUUUCCAAUGCAGCAGCGACCAUGACAGGCAUCGCCGCUGCUUCUUUCUUCUCCAACGCUUGCAGAUUCGGGGGGUGCGGACUCCACUUCGACUCUCUGGCCGAGCUCAUCGUGCACAUCGAGGAUAACCACAUCGACACAGACCCCCGUCUUCUGGAGAAGCAGGAGCAGCAGCAGCCGACAUAUGUUGCCCUCAGUUACAUCAACAGGUUCAUGACAGAUGCUGCACGGCGAGAGCAUGAGACCCUGAAAAAGAAGGUGCAGCCCAAGUUGUCUCUGUCUCUGACAGGCAGCCUGUCCCGCAGCAAUGUGUCCACUCCUCCUCGCCACACCAGUGGAAAUCUCACCCCUCCAGUCACCCCACCCAUCACCCCUUCCUCCUCCUUCCGCAGCAAUACACCUACAGGUAGCGAGUGUGAUGAGGAGGAGGUAGACUUUGAGGAGUCUGACAGUGAUGAGUCAUGGACGACAGAGAGCGCCAUCAGCUCCGAGUCCAUCCUCAGUUCUAUGUGCAUGAAUGGAGCAGACGAGAAGCCUUUUGCUUGCCCUGUGCCAGGUUGUAAAAAGAGAUACAAGAAUGUGAACGGUAUUAAGUAUCACGCCAAGAACGGCCACCGAACCCAGAUAAGGGUGCGCAAACCCUUCAAGUGCCGGUGUGGGAAGAGCUACAAAACGUCUCAGGGUCUCCGCCACCACACCAUCAACUUCCACCCACCCAUCUCUACUGACAUCAUCCGCAAGAUGCAGCAGUAGAGACCGAGUGAGUGACCAGCACUCUCCCUCAGGCCACUUCCCGACCAUCUGAGCACCACCAUCACCAGCAAUGGCUGUUUCUCAUUCCUCCCCGUUCACACCCUCCAUCCUUUAACCUGGCCCCCUUCUCUCUCUUUUAUCCCACUUUGCUAUGACACUAUUUUUGAUUGCAUGGUAUAAAUGUGUUAUUAUUCAUCCUUAACUUUUAUUAUGAAUGUUGAAUCUUAAUGUAGUUCACAGUUUUGUAUUUUUGCACAUUUAAGCUAUCAUUUAUCUAUCGGACUUUAUUUAGUUUUGACAUAUGGUGCUUGUUGAUGAUGAGGGCUAGUUGUAGACUAGAGAUUGGUCACACCAAGUCACGAGUAGCCUUACAUGUACAGUAGGGCAUCCUACUUUCAAGGCAGUGGAAAGUCAGAGGAAACUCGGGAAAGAUAUUGAUUUUCUUUUGUUUUUUAAAGGAAAGAAGAUCAAUUACCUUGCAUCUGUUGCAUAAAUGCAACAGAGGCAAGUGAAAACAAUCAGAAUGUGUGUGGUAUAAUGUUCUCUAUCAGAUUUAAUGUUAAUAAUCAGUUGUUUCACUCAGUUACUUUUCCUUUCAUAUCACAAGUAUUCCAAGCCUUUUUUCAUCUGUUUUACUGCAAACACUUGUGUGUGAGCACCAAAGGAUGAUCUCAGGUGACGUUUGCAAGCAUUUCAGCACCACAAUCCUGCCCAAGUUUUCUGAUAGUAUUUCUGCUGUUCAGUGGGAUCAUGGGAACUCUGUGUGUCAUAGUUGCCUAAUGUUCCCGGUCACUUUCCUUAAGGACUUAAGCGGUUUUCCUUGCUGUUUUUACAGUAAGGGAUUGAAGCACUUUUUGUAACAAGUUGCCAACAUAUAUAAGCAUUUUCUUUGCCAAUAUCUCGUUUCUGGUGUGUGUACAGUGGUUACCAAAACGAGGCAAAAGGCCUUCUGAGCUGAAGUUUGCAAGUUCUACAUUGCUCCAAGGGAUGAUGUAUGCCAAACCUCCAGUGUUUCCAGUAUUGUGAGAUUUCUGUAUGUACAGUAGUUGCCUUGAAUUGUAAACCAUUCCAAUCAGUACAGGUCUUUGUAUAGCUUUGUUUUAACAGUUUAGACAAAUUCAGCUGAAUGCAGAUAUUACACAGACAGCUCAGUGCAGACUGUCUGCUGUUUACCGACUCCUCGGUCUAAUGAAACCAUGUGAUUGUGUUUGUUAUGGAUAGAAGAAAGUUGGGUCCAUGUAUUUAGCACAUUUAUGUUGGGCUGUUAGGUAAACACAUGCGGCUCCCAUCGUGACAUAAAAAUAUGUCAGAUGACAGUAUGUAAAACCUAAUCCCUGAACUAAUGAACUGCAAAUCAUUGAAGGGGAACACCACCUAAAUCAAGAAUUCCAAUAUGUUAUUUCCAUGGCUGAGGAAAGUUCAAUCAAUAUUUGUGAACAUGGGCUAAUCUCUCUUAAAGCCAGGAACCAGAGAAGUCUCAAACUAAUGAUGUUGGCAAGUAUAAAGUCCAGAGCUGCUCCAUAGAUGAUGAAUAGGAGCCAGAUUUUUAUGGACCCACACAAAGUUUGUGUUUUAUUCACAAAUGAGCCUCAUGCUGUGGUAGUGUUCUCAGCUUUGAAACAGAAAAUGUACCCGUAUAGACCGAAUCACAGUGAUGUCACACUGACAACAACGACUUCCAAGUAGAACACUGGAAAAUUAUUUUAAUUGCGAAGAUUUAAGACAUCAGCAAACGUGUUUAUGUUUUUUGUUAUUUUCAGCUGUAACUAACAUUUGAAGAGAGAGAGUUAAACAUGGUGGUCAGACAUAUCUGAUGUUUCUUCUGUGCUUAUUGCUAUCUUUGAUAAACCAAAUGUACUACACAGGAGCUAAGCAAUUUAUCGCUGUAGACGGGAGCCUCAGCAAAACACAUUUUAGCCACCUAAAAAAAUCACCAUCAGUUGAAGUGUAUACCAUCGCUUUACCUCACAAAAUAACUAAUCAAAGCCAUGCCAGACCAGUAACUCCAGUGUUCUGCUAAAUAAAAUGACUGUUUUAUCAGUUAAGUCUGGUGGCUUUGAUACAACAACUUUAGUACACUAUUGGAAAGGGCUGUCUGACAGCAAGGUAAAGCGAUGAAAAUAUUCUAAAUAUAGCAUACACUUAAUCUCAUAUUGGGUUCUUUUGGUAAGUGUUUUUUUUUUUUGGGUGGAAGGCAGCAUUUGCUCUUUUAUUUUAGGCACAUAAUGUUAGGGUUUCUACCCAGACGUUAUGUAAAAUAAACAUUGUGUUUCGGUCUAUACUCAGAACAUUCCCCCAGGUGCUCUCAGUGCCAUUGAUAUCAUAUUUCAUCAUUCAUUGUUAAUGGAGCAGCUCCACGCUUUUUACUCCAUGACAUUACAUAUUUGAGUUUUAACACCAUAGUUUGGGAUUGGGGUGAGAGUGGUGCAUGUUAAAUGAUAUUUUUGGACUGUGUUAGACCAUAACAUGUAUGAAUUCCCCUUUAAAUGCCACAAGAUGGGGGACUUUUCAACUUUGAGCCAUUAUAGUAAACAUCUUCACUGCAUGGAUGUUAAUGUAAAGGAACUACGGUCCAACUGAAAAUUGUGACAGUAUUGUACUGCCAGUACAGAGGGAAGUCUUUGAUAUAGUGUACAGUGAAUGUAUUGUUAUGUGUCAAGUGCAUUAAAUUAUAUUUUCAUAUGUUUCUGGAAUUUAAAAACAAAACAAAAAAACAAUAGUAUAAUGUGUAUGAAAAGGCAACACCAGAGGUUGUUUGGAGAAACUAAUGGUGAUGUACUGUAUUUCUUCAAAAAGCUGCUUC